CUUGACACGUAGUCGAGCGGCAGGGAGAGAGACGGAGGGAGUAACGGGAGCUGAGUCGGUUUGGAAAUUAAGUCAAACGGAGGGAAACGUGACCAAGCGUGAAAACACGACGCUUAAAACGGCUGAGAUCAUCUGCUUCCACCUCUUGGCAUCUGCAGACGGGGGAGUAGCCGGUGGAGUGCUGAAAUGAAAGAGGCAGCACAGAGACGGGGAUGAAGAUGCUCUCCGUUCUCCCUCUGGACCUCCUGAUCCAUCCUAUUAGCUUUAUUUAGAGUUCAACUGGUGUUUUUACUAGACCAGAUUGUGGAAAAGUUGCAAACACAUACAUCUUUUUAUUACCUCUUGCUUGUCUCCUGGCAGAGCAAGCUUAUUGGCAAUUUGCAAGAACACUAAUACUCGCUGCCACUUUUUAUAAACAUACAGUCUUUAUUGAAAACAUGGCAAACAUGUGUCCGUAUGGCUGCUUCACCCACGCCGUGGUGCGGGGCAUCCCAGAGACCUUUGGGAAGACUGUGGGAGACCAUCGUGAGAACGGGGAGACCUCAGUGGACCUGGCCAAAGCUCAGCGUCAGUUCGGUUGCCUGACAGGAGCCCUGAGGCAGAAGGUGGGCCUGCAGCUGAUCGAGAUCCCCCCUGACCCUGAGCUGCCAGAGAGCUGGAGGAUAGAGGAUGUGGCAGUCAUCCAGGGAGACACGGCGCUCAUCACCAGGCCCUUCAAACAGCAGAGACGCAGUGAGGUGGAGGCGGUGAGGAGGGUGAUGUCGGAGCUAAACCUGACCGUGGUGGAGAUGGGGACUGAGGAGGGGGACUCCGGAGGGGCCACCCUGGAGGGCAGUGACGUCCUCUUCACGGGGAGAGAGUUCUUUGUCGGGAUCUCCUCCCACACCAACCGCAGAGGGGCAGAGGUGCUGGCAGAUACUUUCAGGGACUUCGCUGUGUCCACCGUCCCUGUCUGCGGUGGAGCCCGACUGAAAAACAUCUGCUCCAUGGGAGGUCCAGACACAAUCAUCAUCAGCAACAGUGACGGGGCCAAGAAGACGCUCCGGAUGAUGGAGCAGCUGACCGAUCACCACUACGAAGUCCUCACUGUCCCGGAGGAAUCGGCCGCAAACUGCAUCUACGUCAAAGGUCCGUCUAAACGGGACUUCCUGCUCCACCGGCCUGCAGAGGAGUGUCCGGACAGCGUCUCUGCCUUCCAGAAGCUGCAGGACUACACCCUGCUGCCUACAGCCUGCAGUGAAGCCUCCAAACUGGGAGCGUCUCUGUCCUCGCUCUGCCUCCUCAUCAACAGAAAACACACGUAUUUCUGAAAACUCAGUAAGUUUCAUAGCAUUUACCUGCACAUGUUCAUGGUGGGGUGUCGGGGGGCCUCAGAAAUGCUUUAGAACGAUUUUUUUUGUGUAUUUAUUGUAGGAAGGAAACACGUAUGCAGUGUGUGUAUGAGGGAAAAUAUGAUCCAUCUGUUAACAGACCUUCUGUAGCAAACAAGCUGAUUCUUGGCACAACUGGCCCCUCCAAACCCCCCCCCCCCCCCAGCUGAACAAACAGUGCAGCACACAAAAGUCUAACAAAACCAGUCAUGAAACCACUAUAUUCAGCUGUUUAGCUUGUAAUUUGUGAGCACCGCUGACUACACAUUUACUGAUUCUGAGACAAAUGCUUUUUUUUUUGAGGAAACUGAAAUCAAUGCUUUUUAAGAGCAGUAAACAACCCUUUGGUACUGAGAUCCAUGGCCAUGUUUAUCUGUUAUAUUCAUAAUAUAACAGGUUGGUAUCUUGUUUCAUUAUUCGUUGAGUAUUAGUUGUUUUACUGACAGUUUCAAUUACAGGACAAUGUAGCUGCUAAUUGUUUUAGAAAUGUAUUCGUUUUUAAAUAGUUUUUAGCUUUUUCCAGUGUAUGAAUUUGUAGCAAGUGUAGAGAUGCCAGUAAACUCACAGCUUGUAACUGUUCACCUUUCUCAUGUGUAGUUUACACUCAGUUGGCAGUUUAUUAAGUACACUAAUGCAGUCUGAAACAACAGACAUGCAUUAAAUCCUACCUUCAUGAAGGUUGUGUUAUGGUGUUGAUUCAACUGUAUGGUCACUUUGGAGGCUGCAGUAUGUGGUGCUGUUGAAUUGUAUUACUUUAGCUAGGUGUACCUAAUAAAUUGCCAACUCAGUGCAUGUGUGUUUCAGAGACUUAAUCCCCUGUCAAAACACUUCUACGAAGAGG